GGUUCUGAAUCCAUAUAAGCUAGUCGUUGGACGUCUGGCAAAGUGUUCAGGUGUACUUUACUUAUUUAUUACCCCUGUGAUAAAGUGAAUAUUAUAUUUUAAAAGCUAAUUGAUAAUUUGAUUAAAUUGUUAUUGAUCAAGUUCAUUAAUCCAUCAUAAAAGAGAAUAUUUAAUUGAUAUCCAAUUUGUAAAAGUUUUAAUCAUGAAAAAGUGUGGACAUCAUCGUGCUUGGUACCCUGUUAUCGUUUUGGAUGAAGAAUUAUCUGAUUCAUCUUCAUCUGCUCCUGAAAUAUUAAACGGUAAUAACAAUGAUUUGUGUGCUGAUAAUUUACCAGCAUGUCCUUCAAUGUCACAUGAAUCUUGUGAAAGAAGAAUAUCUCGUUCGAAGUCUCGUGGAAGAUCUCGUUCAAGGUCACGGAACCAUAAUAUUACAAAAAAGCGAGGGGAUGGUAGUCAAAUGUGCUGCGGAAGACUCUCACGAUCAAGGUCUAGGUCACGCUCAAGAUCUCGUGGUCGUUGGAUGGAGAAAAAAAGUCAUCAUGGACAAUUUAGAGGCAACAAAAAAUGUCAUUUGCUGGCAGUAGGUCAUCAUCAUAAAAUGAUGGAAAGACAUCAUGGUCAUCAUGGUCAUCAUGGACGACAUCUUUAUCACUUUAUGAAGAAAUCAAAAGGGCAUCAUCAUCGUCAUCAUGGAUCGAGACCAACGCCUUGUCUUUUCCAACAUGAACAUAAAUAUCACAGUCGAGCUUUCAGAGGACCAAUAAAUUGCGCACGUCCUUCACCUGAGUACCUAAUCAAAGCACUUGCUGAAGUGUUGGAGAGAGUGAAUGCUCUUUAACAUGUUGAUGAUAUGAACAGACUACCUUCUACUGUAAUAAAUCUUAUACUAUUA